AUCUGCUGCGGAAGAGGAAGAAGACUUGUUUUUCAAAUUAUUGGCGCUUGUUGUGCUAGUCAGUUAGCUAGCCACGACCUUCUAUGAGACUUUCUCUCCAUUGCAUCGCAUUUACGAAUGUGAAGUAGUUUUUUUUUGCUUAUAACAUUGUCGCGGUUAUGAAACGUGCCCUAACGGUUGUUGAUACAAAGCUAUACUUAAGGUGAAGCAGGUUGACCACAAUGGCAAAUGAUGUGUGCAGCCAUGUGAAGGUUGUCAUCCGGGUUAGGCCAACCAAUGACAAAGAGAAGCGAGAAAACUGUCGUAAUGUGGUCCAGGUCGUUGAUAACCACAUGCUCAUAUUUGACCCAAAAGAGGAGGACACAUCAUGUUUUGGGUCUCAAAGAGUACGAAACCGAAACAUCAACAGGCGGGCUAACAAGGACCUUAAGUUUGUUUUUGACCAUGUCUUUGGCGAGAACUCCACUCAAGUCGACAUCUUUGAGAGCACCACUAAAGGAGUGUUGGAUGGCGUAAUGAACGGGUUUAACUGCACAGUGUUUGCCUAUGGUGCUACUGGUGCAGGAAAGACCCACACCAUGUUGGGUUCCCAAAAUGACCCGGGGGUCAUGUACCGUACCAUGAAAGAGCUGUUCAACCGCAUGGAAGAUGCUAAAGAGGAGAAAGAGUUUGCUGUGGCAUUCUCUUACCUUGAGGUUUACAAUGAACAGAUCAGAGACUUGUUGGCUAACAUUGGCCCUCUUGCAGUGAGAGAGGACAGUUCUAAAGGAGUGGUUAUUCAGGGCCUCACAUUGCAUAAGCCCAAAUCUGCAGAGCACAUUCUAGAGGCUUUGGAUUCUGGCAAUCGAAACAGAACACAGCACCCAACUGAUAUGAAUGCCACCUCUUCCCGGUCCCAUGCUGUGUUUCAGAUAUAUUUACGACAGCAGGACAAAACGGCCAGCCUCAAUCCCAAUGCCUGUGUUGCCAAAUUGAGCCUGAUCGAUCUGGCAGGCUCAGAAAGAGCCAGUGCCACCAACGCCAAAGGGGCCCGCUUGCGGGAAGGUGCUAACAUCAAUCGCUCGCUCCUCGCCCUAGGAAAUGUUAUCAAUGCCCUCGCUGACCCAAAGAGUAAGAAAGCUCAUAUACCAUACAGGGACAGCAAGCUGACGCGGAUUCUUAAGGACUCCUUGGGUGGCAACUGCAGGACAGUCAUGAUUGCUAACGUUAGCCCAUCAUCCAAUUCGUAUGACGACAUCCACAACACACUUAAAUAUGCCAACCGAGCCAAGGAGAUUAAGUCGACGCUGAAGAGUAAUGUUGUAAGCCUCGACAGUCACAUUGGCCAGUAUGCCGUCAUAUGUGAGAAGCAACGGCAAGAGAUUCUACAGUUGAAGCAGAAACUAAGAGACUAUGAGGAGAAGAACACCGUGCCUGGCACUUCUAACAUGAUCUCAUCCAAGCAACAAGCAGAGUUCAAAAGGGGGUCAGACGCUCUGCAGCAAAUCUUCUUGAGUCGGACCCAGAUCAGGAGAGAACAGCUGGAUCUGGAGAGACAACUGAAGGAGAAUGAGCUGCGCCAACACUACAGCGAAGAGGACAACCUGCAGGUCCAAUAUUUCUGUGCCAAAGAGAAGAGUGAGAAGGCCACUUGUAAGCACGAGCGGAAGAUUGCCAGCCUGCGCACUCAGCAGCAACACAUUUGCAAACGUCUGAAGGACGCCGAAGCACGUUUCCAGGAAAACGACGGCUGGCUUCAUCGCGUCGAGAACGAGAUGAAGUUGCUGAAAUUGAACGGUCAGACGUUAGAGGUGUUGGAGAAGGAACUACACAGCCGCAGACUGGAGCUGCAGGUCAGUGAUCUCCAGCAACAAAUCAAGCAGAUGGUUGUUCUCACUACACUGCAGGACCAGGAGAACAAGCGCGUACAGAAAAUGGUGGAUAUCUUGUUGCCAGCAUACAGCCGGCAGCUGUCGUCGUUGCAUGGAGCUGGCCUGAUCUCUGCUGCAGAUGAAAUGGAAAACUAUGAACUAGAGCACCUUGUGUUGAGGGAGAGAGGCGUGGUCUGGGCAGACCAGGAGGGGGUGGGACAGCAGCUGAAAGGUGAAGGGACUGGAGUGGAAUCUCAGAAGACAAAUGAGGUGGGAAGCACUGGGCUCCACAGCGAGUUGGCACCUCUCCUGUCUUUUUCACAUGUGCUUUACCACCAGAGUAGCCCCUGCAGUGCAGAGGGGAAGAAAAAAAGAACGUCGUUGUGCAAAGCUGCUCCAUCCCCAAAAGGUGAAGGAAGCCAGGCAGAAUCACGUCCCCGAAGGCCCAUCAAGAGGAAUCUGUCUGCGUCACUGCCGCCACAAAGCCCACAGAGUGUCGCCAAGGUCCAAGUGUUUGAGGAGGGAGUGUUCCCUCUCCAGCACACUCCAGAGCCCGCUCAGAAACCUGUUCAAGUCCUGCCGCUCUCCUCGUCCACUGCCAUGGAUCCCAACAUGACUUUUGAAAUUGUGGACAGUGAUGAUCAGAAAACGAGUAAUGCCACCGUCAUAAUAAGCAGCGGGAGUCCCUGUCAAGCACUGGAGCCUGCAGCUUUAUCAUCAGGUCACAGCCAAUUACACCGUCCUCUCAAGGCCAACGAGGGGAAGCAGGUUCCCACCAAAAGGCAACAGAUUCAGACUUUACAAGAAACGAGAAGAGCCAAGCCGACCUACAUGCAAAUGACAUCUGCUGCACAAGGGAAGCGUGCAUUUAACCGCAGCAUCAGAGAAGAGAUAACACAUGGUCUCCCUGCACCAAAGCGUAUAAAGAAAGACCCUUCCGCGGCCCCGAGACCACUCAGAGUGCAUCGCUUUGCCGGUUCCGAGGAGAACAGGCCCCGUCGAGUCGUGAGGAGCGUUUCCGAAGGGAACCUCAGCCUCCUGGAACCUCAGAAGUCCAGGUCCAUUUUUUAUAAGACAUCUCAGCGGAUCAAAAAUGCGGCCAAGCGCAUGUGAAGCAUCAAGUUCACACCCGAGGCCUUGACACAAAAACAUGGCCCCUCCGUCCAAACUCUUCAUUGUUUUAAUCAUUUGUUCAGUUGUCAGUUUUAACCCCAGUAGAAAUAAAUCUAAUGUCUAAGUUGUUGUCUUAUGCUCUUUUAAUGCAGCAGCACAAUGCAGUAAAAUCUUACCUGACUGUUUAUACUGUAAAUAUUGUAUAUAAUUAUGGUUUAUCUCUUUAGACGAUUGUGUUGACAGUUGGACUAAUCUGUAUCAUUUUUAAACCACUUUUAGAUUUUAAAAUGUUUUUUAAAUUCUUCAAAACAAAUGCUGAGAAAUAAAACGUUUCCUGUGGA